AUGAUGCUGCCUGUCGCCAAUCUGCACCUCAAGGACCUGUACGAUACCACCGUCGAGUUUUUCGCCCUUCGCAGUCCCUCGUUUCUCUUUGCGGGCCCGUCUGCUGCCCCGACCCACGAGUCGGAAAACUGCCGUGCCCUGACCCCAGUUCCCGACCCCAUCGCUAGGCUGACACGAGAGUGCUCGUCGUUACGUGAAAGACUCGACGUAGCCGAGAGUCGGCAGCAACACAGUACAUGCACUUGUCAGUUUUCGCAACAGAGCCCUCUGCAACCACUAAUGCGCCGCCAACUCGAUCUCACGAAGAAUGAGCUGUCUACCUCAAAAAUUGAGGUUUUGCGCCUCGAGGAGCGCUGCCGCAUGUUGGAGAGAUUGCUGAGGGAGACAAAAGACAUGCUGAAGGCGAGGGACACUGAGAUCGAGAAGCUGAAGCGAGAACGCGAGCAGCAGCGCACCCUCGACCACCGUCACCGCAGCGAUGCCAGCCUGCGCUAUCAGUUCAGAUCCCAGAGCCAAAGGGACAAAGAGGAAUCCCUCAGCCCCCCAAACUCAAUCAGUCCGAGACCCGACUCGACGCUGCUAGCCAUCUACGGCCACAACCACUCGCUUUCCAGCUUCCGGAACGGCCACCGCAGAGAUGGCUCUGGCACCUCAUCGAUAAUCUCGAUAGCGAGCUCCGAGGAGGAACGCGCCCAAGCCCGUGCGUUUGAGCUUUUCCUGACGCGCACAGACGCAUGGUCGGGCGCACAGAUUCUCCAGGCCGUCCACGAUAUCAACUCCGAGAUCCUGCAGUUCGCAGCAUCCGCAACAGAAACGUGCUCGUUUGAGAGGGAUGCGCACACUUUGGCGGCGAAGAAUUCACAAGCUAUACAGGACACUGCUGCAAGGCUUGGCCCGCAGAUUACACGCAUCCUCUCCACGAGAGAUCACAGUCAGGAUCCUAUCCUUGUCCAGCUCGCCCUCCAGGGAUGCGUCGUUGCGUGCAUUGCACGAGCGUUAUCGUCCUUUUGUAUUGGUUGGCCCUCAAAGGCAGACUCGGUGAUACUCCAGGUCUAUGCCUACAUGUACGCAACUGAACCCCAGCCGACCUCUUCACGCUGGCGUUCCCUCACGCACAAACACAUUCACAAGCUAUACCCCACCCUAGAAGACUACGGCAACAACGACCUCGUAGAGACGAUCCUCCGCUGGAUAGCCGACGUCCUGACCGUCGCCGGCUGCACGCCAUCCCUGUCCACGUCACACUCAUCCCCCUCGUCCUCACCCCACAUCUCCCAGUCGCUACCGCACUCGAACUCGCUCUCGCAGCUCCAGCUCAACCAGCCGUCGUUCACCAAGGAGGCCCUGCGCGCCCGCUUCGGCGACCAGGUGCGGCGCAUCGCCAAGUCAGUCACGAAGCUCGCGCAGGUGACGCGCGAGGAGGUCAUGUCCACGAACUUCGACCUGGUCGCGGUCGGAUACACAGAUACGUUCGACUCGCACCUGAUGCAGGACUCGUUCGCAGACUACUCCACGUCACGGGGGUCGGUGCUGCUGACGUCGGAAUUCGGCGUGCGAUGCACCACGAAGAAGGGCGGGGUCGCAGGCAUGAGCGUCGUCGCGGACGGAAAGACGGACGACGGGAUCGAACGACGGCUCCUUCUUCGGCCUAGAAUCGUGCUGGAAUCGGUGUUGGACGUCCUGGAUCCCAAGUAA